AGCGAAUCGAUUGGUUGAUUAAUAUAAAUUACUAAAUGGCAAAGAAACAAGUGAUAUAAAUGCACUAAAUACAUCUUAUAACAAAGUGAUUGAAAUGCAAUAAGGGAACAUAUAGAUUAUCUAGUUAUCUGUUCCAUUGUCAUUCAAUUAACGUUUUUUUAAUCAGCCAUAUAGUGAUACAUAUAUAAUAUUUAAAUUAAAAGCGCUCAUCAGUUUUUACAAGGAAACAAGACAAAAAAUGAAAACGAAACGUUCCACUAGUAAAAUACGUAAUUCUGAACCGAUAGACGAUAUAUUACGUCAUGUGGGAACCAAACAAUAUCUAUUUUUGGAAACACAUAUUUGUACAAUUUAUCGAGUAACAUGUGCACCUGGAGAAACAUUUAGUGAAUCAAAAGCAUUAUCAUUAAUAGAGAAAUAUCAUCGUAAAAGACAAUCACAUUGUAAUGCUGGUUUAUUGGAAGAUCGAUUUAGUUUGGAACGUACAAAAACUACUGGAAAAAUACCAUUUCGUCCAUGGGUAUCAUACAAAGAAAUUAUGCAUUUCUAUGUAAGUCAUUCUAAACCGGAAUUCUUUGCAUUAUGUAUUGAUUCACAAAGAAGUUUACAAAAAUAUUAUGAAAUAUACAAAUGUAAGAGUGCAGCAAAUGUUAGAAAAGUUGAGGAAUUAAUGAGACGUGCAAUGAAUGAUCCAGAUAAAAAACUACAUGAUGUUAAUGCACUAAGACAAGUAGCUGUGAAAGAUAGUGACCGAAUACGUUCCCUGCCGAAUUUUGAAGAAGAAAAUAUACGUGAUUCUAUGGUUGAAGAUAGAUCUCCCUCACCACCAUAUCAAUAUCCAUCACCACCACCAGUACGUCAGUUACCUUCUCCUGUGAUGGUAGCCCCUGUAAGACAAAUCCCUGUGUACAAUGCAGCAUCACCUAGCCCAGUAAUUAAUUUUGAACGUUAUAAUGUUGAUGAUCUAGAAAAUGUCACGUAUAUCAAACUGGAUCCUAACAGAGGUCCAAUGAUAGAUAAAGAAGGACCAAUAUAUAUGUUUUUUUCAAGGCAGAAAAACAAUCAAAGUGAACCAAAUCUUUACAAUAAUUAUGUUAAUCAUGAUUCACCAACUUGGAACAGAAGAACUAAAAACUCUAACGUAAUGUAUUCACCAUGAUUAAACAAAGUCAUACUCUAAUAAAUAGUAUCCUAGAUUUUGAUUUCCAUCGUAAAGAUUCACUAGCUUCUACACAUGCACAACUAAGAGAAUAACAUAAAAUGAUGAAAUUAACUGGGGAAAUCCACUUCUUUGAUUACAGUAUACAAUUAAUUUUCAGCUUUACCUACAUGUUUCAAACUGUUGUAGCUUUAUGCUUCCUUUAUAUUAAAAAAAAGACAUAAUGUUUUCGUUUCGAUUAUUUAGUACAAUUUAUUAGUCAUACUCAGGUUAGUAAAAUUGUUGCUGCUCAAAUUCUGUGUUUAUUUUCUCAUUUUUUGUUCUUUUCAAAAUCUUUUCGUUAUGAAUAUAUCAUUAUGAAAUUUUAUUUCACUGCGGAAGUUGUUCAAUAUAUUUCAUUAUGUUUUUGUUUAUUUCUACAAAAAAAUAUUAUGUCAGAUAUGUGUGUGAUUUUAUUGCUACAGUGAUUAGUAAAUAAUUUAGUCAUCCUUACAUUCAUAUGUUUAUGCUUAAAUAAUCACUGAUAUAUAUAUAUAUAUAUAUAUA